AAAAAUCUGUCUGUGAUCAAAACAAUUAGUGUGUGUAUUGUUUCGAAUUUCUCAUUUUUUAAUCUUAUUGUAGAUGUAUUUUAUUAUUAUUGUUUGUAGCAGAAACUUCGUGAGUUUUAUUUUUUAAUAUGAAUGACGAUAUAUAUUUAAAACUAUGGGUGAUAAAAUUUUGUUUGAAACUUGUCUAUCCAAAGUUCAACUAUUAUUCAUUUCUAGUUUUCCUUUCAAUAAAGUAUAGAAUUAAUAGCAGAAGGAGGUUAUUGGCUACCCAUAUUAUGGAGACCUUCGAGUUGAAGACAAUUCCAGUACAUAUUCAAAAAGCCCUCCUAGAUGAUCGGUUGGAAGAAAACAUUGAAGUCAUUACCCACAAAGUCAUUAUUAUAUCUAAAGAACAAUAUAUCCAAUUAUGCAGUCAAAACUUGUUUUAUAUUGACAAUGGGGUGGUCUGGUUGGCAAUUAAAUUAAGCUCUGAUUGCAAGAAAAAACAUGAAAAUACAAAAUCUGCAAAAGAAAAUAAUCUCAAGCCUAACCUUCAUUUUGUUACUUCUGAAAUACAUAAAAAGCUGUGGUCUGGUAAUUCUAAAAACAGCCUUGAUAAAAUAAGAAUAGUACCUGUGUUUGGUUCAAAAUUGGUCACUGACAAUACUGCUCUUAUUAAUGAAAAUGAAUACUAUAAUAUAGUGUCAACAUUUGGCAUUAAUAAUUGUGAAAAUAUCACCAUUACUUUUCACACAGUGCCAUCACUUGAGAAUGCACCUAAAAUAGCUGCAACAGCAGAAGUUAAUCUUUUAGUAAAUGAUUUUGACCUAGCCAAUGAUUUCAUCAAAGAAGUACUAAGCAAUUACUUUGAAAUACCAAAGCUAAUGACUGAGAAUGAUAUUUUUAGCAUAGAUCUUACACCUAAAAUAACAUCCAAAUAUCACCAUAAGUAUUUGGAUUUAGUAGAGUCUACAGGAAAGAUAUUUUUCAAGUGUAAAAAGCUUAGUGACAAUUCUAACAAGGAUACUAAAUUGUUACAAGCAUAUUUUAUUGUGAAAGGUGUCACACAGCUAACAUUAGGUGAAAAUAUACAUGCAUUGAAGCCUAUGGAUGAAUAUAUAACACUGCAAGAACAAAAUGAUAGCAUGUUUAGCUUGAAAGCUUGUCCAAUAGGACUUAGACAAAAGUUUCAGCAAAUUCAAGACACCAUAAAACCUUUCCUUACAGGUGACAUAGAGGACCUAUCAUCAGCUCUGUCUAAUCCCAUCAUACCAAUUUUGCUCCUGACUGGCUCUGACGGAUGCGGUCGACACCUUCUUGUGAAGACAUUAGCAAAAUAUAAUGGGAUGAACUGUUUGCAAAUAGACUGCAAUGCGCUGCAGUGCUCCACAGCCAAACAAACAGAGAGCAAAAUCAGCUCCACAAUACAGAAAGCGAAAGCUGCAGCACCUGUCAUUGUUGUUUUGGACAACUUUGAGGUAUUUGCUGUGGACCCAGAAAACAAUGAAGACUGCAGAGUUUUGGAAUACUUCUUGAACAGUAUAACAGACCUCUACCAGAACUAUACAAAGCAUCCUAUCAUAUUUAUAGCAAUCACAGAUCGCCUAGAACUCAAACCAAAUAUUCUUAGGAUAUUCCUUGAAAAAUACCAUAUACCUCGUCCGAAUGUUAAACAGAGGUUUGAAAUGCUACAAUGGUUCGCAUCUGUUAUGCAACUAAAUAUAAAUGGGGAGAAAAAUGAAGCUAACUUUGAUUUAAAUUCAGAAGUUGUAUUGAGUAGGGAAUCUAAUGACGUAUUAAGAAGGAUAGCAGCAAAAACUGAAACAUUUUUGUAUGGGGACCUGGAUACUUUAAUGCAUUUCGCCUUGAGAGAGUCAUAUUUGAAGCAACACAAUGUGUAUAACCAGCUACCACCCGUUCCUGAUCUGCACAAGGUUCAAGAAGAGGAUUUUAACUCUGCUUUAGAAUCAAUUCGUGGCCUACAAAGUCAAAAUCUGGACGCGCCUAAAAUACCGAAAGUGUACUGGGAAGAUAUUGGCGGUCUAGAUACUCUGAAGAAAGAACUUUUAAAAACCAUUGAAUUUCCAAUCAAAUAUCCACAUCUGUUUAAAAAUUCAAGCCUCAGAAGAUCAGGUAUUUUGCUGUAUGGCCCUCCAGGCUGUGGCAAGACGUUGGUAGCUAAAGCGGUCAGUACAGAGCUAAAUGUGAGCUUCCUAAGUGUGAAAGGCCCGGAAUUACUCAAUAUGUAUAUUGGGCAAUCUGAAGAGAACGUCAGAAAAGUGUUCGAGUCGGCCCGCGCGUCGUCCCCGUGCAUAGUGUUCCUGGACGAGCUGGACUCGCUGGCGCCGGGGCGCGGCUCCGCGGGCGACUCCGGCGGCGCCAGCGACCGCGUCGUCAGCCAGCUGCUCGCCGAGCUCGACGGCGUCACCGCUCGCCCCGAUGCGGAGUCAUCUAGUUUCGUGUUCGUGAUGGGCGCGACCAAUCGGCCCGACCUUUUAGAACAGUCCCUGCUAAGACCUGGCCGCCUGGAUAAAUUGAUCUACGUGGGGCCUUACUCCGGGCUCCGGGAGAAAACGUCGGUCCUGAAGGCUCUCUGUCGGAAUCACAAAUUGCGUCCGGAAGUGAACUUGGAGGCCGUGGCGCUCGCCCUGCCGGAGCGCUGCACGGGCGCGGACCUCUUGCAAGUGGUGAGCCACGCGCGAGCCGCCGCCGUGAGGACCGUCAUACACAGACUUCAAGCUGGACAAAUAAAAGAAAGCGAACUAAGUCCGGACUCAGUGAUUCUAGGAGUAUCAGAACUGUGCGCAGGCGUUGAUUCGUUCAAGUCUUCUGUUACUGACGAAGAGUUGGCUUAUUAUGAAUCGUUAAAAUCGCAAAUAUAACUCAAUAAUUAUUGAAGUGAUUAAUUGUAUUUAGUGCUGCCUAAAUGAAACAAAUUUUUAAUAGUUUAAAUUAUUGUUAUGGCUUGUUAUGGAAUUGUUCUAGUCUUAAGUAUAAUAAAUUGUUAUUGGUAAAUC